GUACAUGGUGUACAUGGACGAGCACGGGGACCCGGAAGGAAACUACACGCUGAUCGCCAGAAAGCCCUAUCCGGGAAUUCCCUCGCAGUUCGGCAUAUUCCCAGUGGGAAUAUUCGCCCUCGGACAGGACGUCGGAUCCUGGCCGGAGCUGAGAUUGAACCUUGACGUAGACUGGGGACCAGAGGCGGGGCCUCCCUUGGCUGUUCCCCCGUGUGGAUUUAGGGGAGAAAUUUGCAUAUCUCAUACGAUGGAAAUCGUAGGCUGCAUAGUUGGAGUGUUGGCAUUCCUGUUGGCGCUGGUCACCCUGAUUCUGUACAGGAACUGGCGAUACGAACAGGAAUUGGACAGCCUGCUCUGGAAGGUUGACUAUAAGGACAUACAGCUCAAUGAUCCUGAACACAAUUCCUCCACGUCUCUUGGAACAAAAAUUACAAGGGCUAUCCACCCCCUGAUAAGAACUAGUCAAGUGUCACUCAGCUCCAACCCAGAUGCUGACUUCAGAUACUCUAGCAUCUACACACCUGUGGGGGUGUACAGGGGGAGAGUCUUUGCAAUCAAAAAAGUCCAUAAGAAAUCCAUUGACAUCACAAGAAGCAUGAAAAAGGAGUUGAAAAUUUUGAGGGACCUGAGGCAUGAUAAUCUAAACGCUUUCAUUGGAGCAUGUACAGACCCGCCCCACAUCUGUAUAGUAACUGAAUAUUGCACUAGGGGAAGCCUGAAGGAUAUUCUUGAGAAUGAAGACGUGAAGCUAGAUAACAUGUUUAUAGCUUCUCUUGUGGCUGAUAUAAUACGCGGCCUGGUCUACUUGCACGAUUCGGCACUACACCAGCACGGCAACCUGAAGUCGUCCAACUGCUUGGUGGACUCGCGCUGGGUCGUCAAGUUGGCCGACUUUGGUCUGGGCGAGUUCAAGGCUGGCGCAGAGGACCAUCACCACUAUCUGCAGCACACCUUUUCGUUGCCCCAUGAUGACGCAGUCCCUUGCAAAUGCGAAGGUUUAUUGUACAGAGCACCUGAGCUGCUGAGGCUAUCGACGGCCACGCCUGGAAUCGGCUCUCAGAAAGGAGAUGUCUACUCGUUUGGGAUCAUCCUUUUUGAACUGAAUGGCCGGAGAGGUCCCUUUGGUGACAACACAGGUCUCACCACUCCCGACAUCAUCCGCAAGGUUAUACAACUCGAGCCAGGGUGUCCUCCUUUCAGACCACCCCUUGAGAUUCUAGAGAACAGUUUCGACUUUGUGAGGGACUGUUUGAAGGAAUGCUGGCAAGAGAAUCCAGAUGAUAGACCUGACAUCAAGGCAAUCAGAACUAAAUUGAGGCCGCUUAGGAAAGGCAUGAAACCCAAUAUUUUUGACAAUAUGAUUGCGAUGAUGGAAAAAUACGCAAAUAACUUGGAGGCAUUAGUGGAUGAGAGGACCGAUCAGUUGGUUGAGGAAAAGAAAAAGACAGAGGCACUCCUGUACGAGAUGCUGCCAAGGUAUGUGGCAGAACAACUGAAAAGAGGCAACAAAGUUGAGGCUGAGAGUUUUUCCUCUGUCAAUCAUUUUAGCUUUUCGCUUGUCGGAUUUUCCAUGUUUGUCGGUCAUUCCACUCCUUUCCAGGUUGUGGAUUUUCUCAACGAUCUGUACACUUGUUUCGACUCAACUAUUGAGAACUAUGAUGUGUAUAAAGUGGAGACUAUUGGAGAUGCUUACAUGGUGGUAAGCGGGCUUCCUGUGCGUAACGGAGACAACCACGCGGCAGAGAUCGCUUCCAUGUCGCUUCACCUACUCGAAGCCGUCAAGAGGUUCCAGAUCAGACAUCGGCCUUCUGACAAUCUCAUGCUACGCAUCGGAAUACAUUCUGGACCAGUAUGUGCCGGAGUGGUUGGUCUAAAAAUGCCUCGCUACUGUCUAUUUGGAGAUACCGUCAACACUGCUAGUCGUAUGGAAUCAACUGGAGCUGCCCUUCGAAUCCACUGCAGUUCCCAGUGCAAGGCCCUUCUAGACCGCUUGCAGGGCUACAGGUUCGCCGAACGAGGUCUGGUGGGCAUGAAGGGAAAGGGAGAGGUGCUUACCUAUUGGCUGCUAGGCGAAGAACCAGAAUGGCGACAAGCUCGCAGCGACGAACGACGCCGACGCCGCUCGGAGGCCAACGCAAGGCAUUGUGCAUCGCAACACUGUGUGUCACGACACUGUGCCUCGCAACACUGUGCCUCGGCACACUUUGCCUCGCAGCACCGGAAGUCGAUUCGCAACAAGACGGAACUGAACGGAUGUCCGCCUGGCGUGCCUCGCAGUUCGCUCAAGAAUCGUAACUCAAGCAGUUUUGGGUCACCUUACAGUAUCAGGUGCAAUUUGUCCAGAUGCGCCAGUCUGGAAUCGCCGAAGAAACUGCGAUUCGCCAGCAACCAGAUGCUGGAGUUCAGCAGUCCCUACCAGAAAUGCAGUCGAGACCCCCUCCUCGAAGUCAUCACCGACAGCAGUCCCGGUAAACGCCGGCCUUCCGGCACACUGACGGCGCCCGGUGUGGACGCAGCCGAGCUGGUCUGCGACAGUCACCUCAGUGCAUCCUGUCCCUGCAUCGAGAACAUACCGCCGCCUUCACCCCCGAAACUGCUGAAUCUGCAGAAUAUCGAUCUGGAUAAAAUGGCGGCAAGCAACAGUGAACCUGUCUUGUUUACAGUUUCGCCCGUCAUUUCAAACUCCAACAGCCUCAUGCUGGAUCCUUUGUUGCCUGCUAAAGACUCCUAUGAACAUUCCAGCGAGGAACUCAGUGAGGGUGUUUCAUUACUGCAUAAAAUGGGUGAAAUCAGAACUAUGCAAUAGCAGUGGUUGAUAGGGGUUGACAGGUUUAAUUGACCAAUAAUAUUGUUGUAAUAAUAAUAAUAUCGAGUGACCUGGCUGGCUCAGGUGUGGUGUCAGAGUUUUCAGGUCGCAACUGAUCAAUUUCAGGGCCUCUGACAUGACCUAACGACUGCUUUUUAGGCAGCCGGGACCGGCUGCUUAACGUGUCCAUCCGAAACACGGGAAUAUUGUUGUGAUCAAUUGUCAUGGAUGAUUUUCUACACUGAGAUGCAGUAUGAGACAUGAAAUCAUGGUUGAAGAUGAUCUGUUUUGGAGUUUCUAUAUAAAAUCAGUGAACUCAUAAUUAGUGGUUGAUUGGGGGUGACAGGUUUAAUUGACCAAUAUUGGUGAUGAUUGAUAAAUUUGAUUAUUGUGAUCAAUUGUCAAGGAUGAUUUUUUACACUGAGAUGCAGUAUGAGACAAGAAAUUAUGGUUGAGAAUGAUUUGUUUUCGAGAGGCUUUUGGAGUUUCUAUAUAAAAUCAGUGAACUCAUAAUAUGUAAUAGAGGUUGAUUGGAGUGACAGGUACAAUUGAUAAA